GAUAGUCGUCAUCGUCUGCGACGCACCGAGUUCAGUGGGCGAGCGAGACCUGAGCUAGUGAGCUCAACAAAGCCCGAGCCUGAAGAGUGCUACGGCGUCGCUUCCGAAGUAGAAGUUGAAGGAGAGAAGAAAGAUGAAUACAGACAUCACAGCGUCAACGAAGCCCGAGUACCCGGUCAUAGAUCGGAACCCUCCGUUCACCACAGUCGUCGGCAACUUCAGCACCCUCGAUUACUUCCGUUUCGCCACCAUCACCGGCGUCUCCGUUACCGUCGGCUACCUCUCCGGGAUUAAGCCCGGGAUUAGAGGGCCGUCAAUGGUUACAGGAGGUUUGAUUGGGGUAAUGGGUGGAUUCAUGUACGCUUACCAGAACUCGGCGGGACGCCUCAUGGCCUUUUUCCCCAACGACGAUGAGGUAGCUCGUCACAAGAAAUGAAAAUGCACAUUCAGUGUUCACAUUUCUAGGGUUUCUCUCUAAUAAUCAGACUGUUCCUUUUGUGCUGAAUUCAUUCAUGUGCUACUUAAUCGGAGAUUAAAAGUUGCAGUUUUUUGGAUCCGAUGCCAAUGCUGUCGUUUAAGUGUGUUUUGAAAUGUCAUACAACUGAUAAUAAAAUGCUGCUGUUGUUGAUAUGAUGCUAUACAAUGUUGUCCAACAUUUUGUGGUGUUGGCUCUGAACAAGUUUAUUUUAUUUGUGAUUCGUUCCAAUUAAUGGGAUGUUAGCUCUCUGAGUUGGAAGUAUGCGGAA